CCGGCGCCGAGCCGGGCCGCCGCCUCGGCGGCGGCGGCGCCGCCCGGGAGGGAGGCGCCGCGGCAGCAGGGGCGCGGCGGAGGUGGACGCGGGCGUGGUCGCCGUCGCUCAGGAGGCCACAAGUUCGCCUUCGUGACGGUGCUCUGGGCCCCCGAGGCGGACAAGAGGAGUACAUCGUGAACGCUCUGACUUUGGGGUGCUCCCUGCGCCAGACCAACACGAAGCACGACAUGGUCUUGCUCGCCACCCCGGACCUCGGAGACCUGCUCAAUCACGCGUCUGCGUGUGCGUUAUCCGCUUUCUGGGACGUGCGCCAGCAGGAGCACCUGGACGUGUCUCUGGAGACUCGGUGCGCUCCUCGCUUCCGGCGUGUGUUCACCAAGCUGUCCGUGAUGAAGCUGACUGAAUACGAGAAGGUGCUGAUGCUCGACGCCGACAUGCUCGUCACCAGGA